AUCUUUAUUUCAACAUGGAUGAAACAAAUACUACAGUCAUUGCUGGAAAUAUUGACCAAGGACUUAAUGAGAAACAGAUAAUGAAAAAAUGUGUGAUUACUAGUGAUUUCCACAAGAAAGAAAAAGCUCCACAAUAUCACAAGACCUUCAAUUCUUUAAGGAAAGAAAAAAAGAGAGAUAAGGAUAGAUCGGCUGGAAAAGGAUGGUUCAAUAUGCCUGCACCUGAAAUGACACAAGAAGCUCAACGUGAUUUGAGAAUUCUUCAUAUGAGAAAUGUUCUUGAUCCUAAACAUCAUUACAAGAAAAAUAAUUCAAAAAAGUUACCAAAAUAUUUUCAGUUUGGUACAGUUGUAAGUGGUCCAGCAGAGUUUUAUUCAUCAAGAUUACCCAAUAGUAAGAGAAAGAAAACUAUUGUUGAAAGCCUCUUGGCUGAUGCAGAGUUUAGAAGAUACAAUAAAAGAAAAUACCUAGAGAUUCAGGCUUCACGGGAAAAAACAAAAAAGAAAGGAUUCUACAUAAGAAACAAAUAUAAACGGAAAAGAAGUUAGGGAUUUCUAGUUUCUGUGGGAAAUUAAUUUAAAAAUAAAUGAAACUUAUCAUG